CAGUCUGCAUCAGAAGCUGAUAGACGAAGAGGUGAAGACAUGGAACGAACGUUUAAUGGAAAACCAGGAGACCUGAUCGAGAUCAACCGUGGGCCCUAUAAGCAGUGGGCCGUCUACAUCGGAGAGAAUAAAGUUGUUCAUUUAGAUACAGAUGGUGUUCAGUCAUCUGACUCGUCGGCAAACCCGGGCAGCAGCAAUGGAAAGGUGAAGCGUGAGAAGUUCACCGAUGUGGUCGGCAAUCACCGUUACCAGGUCAACAAUCUGCUGGAUGACCGGCGCAAGGCUCGUGAUCCUUCCAUCAUAGUGAAGGAGGCCUGUGCGAUGGUGGGCCGCGAGCUACCGUACGACCUUGUCACUUACAACUGUGAGCACUUUGCUAUCGAGAUGCGAUACGGCGAGGCAGAGUCUGGACAGUUUAAAGGACAACCAGGAGACCUGAUCGAGAUCUUCCGCGAUAAAGGCUAUCAGCACUGGGCCAUCUACAUCGGAGGAAAUGAAGUGGUUCAUUUAGUUAACGAGGACACGAGUGGUCUGUCAUCUGUCCCCUUGGACUUACUAAUCAGCAGAAAAGGAAAUGUAUGGCAUCAGAAGUUUGAUAAAGUGGUCGGAAAUGACCAUUACCUGGUCAACAAUCUGCUGGAUAAAAAGUACAAGCCACGUGAACCUUCCAUCAUAGUGAAGGAGGCCUGUGCGAAGGUGGGCAGCGAGCUACAGUACAACGUUGCCACUUACAACUGUGAGCACUUUGCUACCGAGAUGCGAUACGGCAAGGCAGAGUCUCGACAGGUUGUUAAAGCUGUGAUCGAAGGCGCCACAAGCCCCGAAGGCCUCUCAUGCUUUGCCAUUUCAGGCGCCUUAGCCGCGUCAUACUUCUCCAAGUAGCUUUCUGUACAGCUCUGAUUCGCAGUCGUUCCAGCAGUUAAGAGGAAGAGGAAGACAACAAGAACAAAACAAGAACAAAUCACAAGCACUGGCAACAAUGAAUGUUGGCAUGUAGCCGACAGUGAUUAUGAUUUAAACUUUUUAAAUAAACGUCACUUGUGCAAUCUGGAGAGUAAGAGGUUGUUGUUCAACAGAGUUAAAAGACUUGACUUGAGUCAGAUAAGACAAUAAUAUAUUAAAUCAUCUGGAUGAUUAGACUGAAGACACAUCUCUUCAGACUUCACCUUGGAUAAAAGAUACAAAAUAUAUACUUCUAUAUCUGUUUAGUAGCACCACUUAUAUAGUAUUUUGUAGUUUGUCUUUCUUGAAGCAAAUUGUACUUGAUUCUUGUUGCUCUGGGUUUGUUCUCUCAUGGUUGAUGCUCUUAUUGUUACUUUGGAUUAAAGCGUCAGCUAAUUGAAAUGUGAUGUGAUGUUAGGGAUGUUUCUUUGUCUUUCAAGUAAUUUUUCACUUUUUAAACGGAUCAAAUAAUCAAUUGCACACAAUUUAUUUGCAAUAAAAUAG